AUGUCGUGCUUUACGUUUGCCUACGCUUUCGUUAUUUUAAUCGCAUCAUGGAUCAUCUCCCACGCGUGCCUCAUGCCCAAGCCAAUCCCAGGCAUUCCCUUCAACUUCUUCGCUCAAUAUUUACCAUGGGGCGACCUGAUAACCCUCGGUCUGCAUUAUUUCCGCACCGGCGAGGUCUUCCGCUGGCUGUCUCUACAAAGUCUGCACCAUGAAUCUUCACUCAUCCAGCUUUUCCUUCCUUCCUUCUCGACCGUCCGCCCUACGCUCGUCCUGGCUGAAUUAAAUGCCAUCGAAGACAUAGUCACGCGACGUAUCGGAGAAAUCGACAGGGCCGACUUGAUGCACACUUGGUUUGGAUUGGUGGUGCCGAAAGCGACGAUCGGAUUGAAGUCGAGCAGUCCUAUUUUCAGAGAUCAAAGACGACUUUGGAAUGUGGUAGUGAGCCCCAAGUUCUUGGACGAUGUAGCCGCGCCGUGCUUUGUUAGGGCAGCUACCCAGGUAGCCGACGUCUGGCAGAAGAAAGCAGAGCUUCUGGAUUUGAGUCGCGCAUUCGAUGCGCAAGAGGAUGUCAAAUUAGCAACACUUGAAGGCAUGUGGCAGAUGCUUGUCGGAUCGAAGCUGGGACUGUUGGCAGCUAGCAUGGAAACAUUGCAUAAACCUCGUCCAAUUAAGUAUCUGGGAGACGAAAUGGCUGUAUUCGUACGACCGCAAAUGCCAGAAUUCUAUGGCGUUUUGGGUACACUCUUAAUGUGCCUGGACUGGGUGAUGCUAGGCUUCAGCUCGAGACUGUAUACCUGGGUCUUCUCAUACUCAGGUAUACUAGGGCGGGCCAUGCAAAAAAAAGAUACAAUCUUGGAUGAGUGCAUCAUUGCAUCUCGAAGAAGAGUUGCGGCAGGAGCAGCAGGACGAACAUGCGCACUGAGCGAAGCGAUCUACAAGGAUCUGCGGCUUACUUCAGUGUCAAAAGCUGAACGCGAAGCGGAUAGUAAUGCAGCUCUUCGAGAUGAGUUACUCGAGCUACUCAUUACUGGACAUGAAACCACUGCAUCGUCCAUUUGCUGGGCGCUGAAGUAUCUCACCGACAACCCGGAAGUACAGGGAAGACUGCGCAACUCUCUCAUCGGUGCGUUCGGCUGUGCAAAAGGGACCAUUUUGCCUUCGGCGAGAGACCUGACCUCAGUCUCCGUGCCCUAUCUAGAAGCAGUGGUCGCGGAGACCUUGCGACUGUCAAACACGGGGCCAGUGUCAUUUCGACAAACACUUGUACCUUGCGAGGUACUUGGGCAUCAGGUGCCUGCAGGUACUCCGAUCGUCCUUGUCACUGCGGGGCCAUCACACAGCUCACCAUAUAUGCCUUCAACUUUCCGCGAUGGAGACGAGAAGGCGUGUCGAGCUACAUACCCGCGUGAGCGAGUUUACCUACCACGGUCAAGUCAUGACAGUCAUGACACCCCCUUCCACGAUCACAACGUUUUCGCACCAGAGCGAUGGUUGCUGAGCGGCAAAUUUGACGCCAACUCCCUGUAUUGGUCUUACGAUUCGAGUUCCCGCGACUACCUGAACACCUGA